AUGGGUCGUAAGGAAACAUUUUGUGCCCUCAUUCUAAUGGCGCUGGCCUGCACCGUCUAUGGCCACGGAGGAGGCCUGCAUGCCUGGUCGUUCCUGCCAGUGCCGACGCCAGGCAAAGAGUUCAUUCGCCACAACGUGGCGUCGUGCUCGUCCUGGGUGCCCAUGGACCCUACACUUGGCGUUCUGGGCCCGCUGCCCAUCUUCCCCGCAAGCGCCUCCAGCCUCACUGUAUCAGGUACCGCAGCCGUCUUCUACUACCUUGACGGCAACUGCACGGACAGGGCAACCACCUCUCUGGACGUCAACCUCACCCUCACCCUUAAUGGCAAGCCCUAUGCCGGCCGCCAGAUUAACGGCUACGGCUUCAUCGGCAACUGCAGCAACCCCACCGACCUGUACCGCCAUAACUACUCCUUGGGUGACAACCGCUUCAACCUGGCUUGGUUUCGGAGGGAGAACAGCAACACCACGGAGGACGGACUGCUGUGGGGUGCAGCGCCCAACGUGAUGAUCGCCCGGGUGCCGCCCGCUGCCGACGCUGUGAGAUCCAUCGUGCUGUUCCCCUCUCCGGCCGACAGCAACCCCGUCUGCUGCAAUUUGGUUUACAACCCGCCCCCCGCGGAGGACUUCUUCACUCGGGGCUCCUUCUGCCGCGUACCAGCACCGCCACCACCAAGCCCGCGGUUUCCCAGCCCGCAGCCCAACCGUCCCCCGCCCAAGUCGCCGCCCCGCCCAUCGCCUGCCAAGCCCCCUAGCCCGACUGCCAAGCCCCCCAGCCCUUCGCCUAGGUCUCCGAGCCCACCAAGGACCAGCGGCCGCUGA